GUAAAGCAGGAGCACUAAUCUGACGACCGACGAGGCCUUCAUUCUGGACGUUUGGCAUAUUCACACCUUGACACUGCUAACACAUACUGGCUGUGUUCGAGCCUUGCAAGGCUCAGCUUUGCAAUUCAGCUGCCCCCGGAUAGCUACACAAUCAUUGACAUAAUGGCGGCUACAUCCGCAAGUAUUGUGGGGCCUCGGCUGAGCACUACAUUGGCACCAACUUGUCGUGCUCAAUGCAGCUCGCAACAGAGGGGUUUGGCUCCUGUUUCAUGCCCAAUUGGGCGAAAGCAUUCCUCCCAGCUAAAUGCACACACCUUGCAACGAAUUGCAAGCAACCCUGUGCAGAACCUUGAAAGUUCUAGAUCCAGGAAAGGAUGUUUACAUCAGAGAGCUCGGAGGCGAGCUGUACAAAGAGUCAAUGCUCAAGUAACUGAGAAUGAGACUGCCGAAGAGGCUUCUGUAGCAGCAAAGAAAGAGUUUCUAGAGGAUGCUAAGUCCUUGGGCAGCGUCCGGCUGAUUGUGAAUACUGGCCUUGGCGUCCUUGAAUCUGUGACUACGCUGGAGAAGCUCUUCUAUCAUCCCAUGCCAGGUAAAGGACUGUAUGCGAACCUGAUGAACAAUGAUGACAACGUGGAUUUCCAUCUCCUUCUGGACAAGGUUGCUCGAGUCAACUUGGUGACGGCCAAGUCAAAGCGGGGCGACUUCCAAACACACACAAUACGUUUUUAUGAUACCGAAUCAUUCAAUGGAGCCAGCAUCUUCGUCAUGUGGAAGUCCGGGACCAUGGGAGAAUAUGCUGAGGGCCAGGUCGAGGCUUUCGAAAGCUUAGUGAAGAAGUAUGGCGAGGAGAUUACAUUUGAUUGAUGAAGUGAGCCUAGUCGAGAUGAUUCCAAUCUCAAAUUUGUUAAGCACGCUUUUAUAUCGUUCCCUUGAACACUAUCGGGCGGUACGCUUGUCAUCCGCUAUGUCACUUUCGGCAUUGAAUUGAUAUGCUCACUUUCGAGCUUUUGGGCAAUGGCGCCAGGCUAGGCCGUCAGCGACCAAGCACCAC